GCAUGCUCCAGCUCCAGCUCCAGUCCAGCUCCUUCGUCCGUUCGAAUCUAUCAACUUCUCCAGGCGCUUGCACGGGCUUUGGAACGGUUUCCCUGCCACAGGAACUGGAGCCCACACGAUAUGUACCAGGCUGGAGGACCGUGACGUCUCCACGUAGCGACAAUGUGGUCACACUCACGACAUCACAGGAAAUCCUGCCUCCGUCCUUCGAACAAGACUGCAGAUCACAGCAUGUGGCGUCGAUCGAAUCAGGAAACCUGGCAGACCUGGCAGCCAUUGUGAACUGCCCGUCUGUGACCACAGGAGAGGCGCGAGCUCUCAUCCCUGCGACCAAUGUCGGCAAGCUCUUGUGACAUCAUUCCAUAUCAUCUUGACGACUGUGAGGACGUCUGUGUUGCAGUCAAUGAGCUGGGUACUGUAUAUCCUGUGCCUCGCAUGUGUCCCUAUCUGUGUAGCUACAUCUACCUCCAAACCACUCUCAGCCACACACCCUGAUACCUUUUCCUCCCUUUUGACUCCCCCUUGCUAUACCAUUGUUGCAUUUGCAUGUCAAGCAACUCUAAACAGUACGCGUAUUACUCUUUCCCUCCUACUCCGACUCGAACUUCUCCGUCUAGUCGACGACGAAACGAUUCACGAAGUAAUUCUACAUCUACCAACAGAUCUUUGUACGAAAUGGCGCCAUCCCCAGCAGCAGGAAAACAGACCAGCUCCAGCUCCAUGCCCAAGACUCCUACUAAGCUCCAGAGAAAGCCUGGUCAGACACCCCAGAGACCGGGCCAAGCCUCUGCCAGCAAGACUCCAUCCACACCAAAGGCUACACAGUCCACACCCAAGGCUACACAGUCCACACCAAAGGCUGCACAGUCAGCGAAAUCAGAGACAGACUCACCCAAACCUCCAGCGAAACCAGCAGCUGGCCAAAAAGCCGAGCAAGCCAAGGAUCAGGCUGGAAGCACAGCAGACGAUAUCAAGCAACAGACUGGGAAAGCGCAAUCAGUGGCGCAAAGCUCAGCUACUGAUGAUGAUGACGAAGAGCCAUUGAGCAAGGUCUCUCAGGCUGGCCAGCAGUCCAAGGAAUCUCUCCAGCCACAGACCCCAGAGCCGAUUCCUGAUGAUGAUGACGACGACGACGACGAGAAGGAGGAUGAUGACGAGAAUGACGAUGAAGAUGCAGUCACGGGAGCGCAGGAGCAAGCACACGGCGCUGCCGGAAAGGUAGAGGAUGAUGCUGAGUCCACUGCCGAUGAUGCUACCGAGAAGGCUGGGGAUACCAUCCAGUCAGCCGACGAUGAAGAUGGAAGCUCUCAACAAAGCCAGCAGCUGCCACAGCAAGGCAAGAAAGGCAAUGGUCUAUUGAGCGGCGCAAAGGGUCUCGCCGGAAAGGCAGGCAGCCUUGCCGACAAGGCCUCCAAGGAUCCCAAGUCAGCAACACAGCAAGCUCCACAAGACACCAAGAAGGGUAUUGAAGACACUGCAAAGGACUCCCAAAAAGGUGUUCAGAAUGUCCAAGACACCGCGGACGACGGUGUUGAGGAGGGUCAGAAAGUGGCAGGCGAGACUACUGAUGAAGCCGAGGACGCUACAGAAGGACUGCAAGACAGUGCUAAGCAAGCCGCUGAUAAGACUGGAAAGACUGCUCAAGACGCGACGGGCGACGCGGAGGAUGCAGCAUCAGACGCCAAAGACUCCGCAGAGGGUGCUGUGGGAGAUGUUAAAGACUCCACCGAGCAUGCUCAAGAUCAGGCCGAAGACGCUACGGAAGACGCCAAAGACCAAGUCAAAGACUCUGCCGACAGUGCUAAAUCUCAGGCAGAUGACACAGCCGCAGAUGCCAAGGACUCGGCCGAAGAUGUUGCAGAUGACACCGAAGCUACUGCGGGCGCUGCCAAAGAUCAAACCGAUGCCACAGCAGAGAGUGCAAAAGAAGAAGGUGAGAGCACUAUCGAGUCUGAGCUUCCAGUUCCUGAAGGCCUUCCUGUCGAUCUCAAUGUCCUCAAGGGACUCGAGGUUCAAGAAGAUGGUACUGUCUUGGAUAAGGAAGGUAACCCUGUUGGCCGCCUCGCUGAGGGCGACGCCGAAGAUCUCGCUGGCUACCCGAUCGGAGAAGAUGGAGAGAUCCUCGACGACGACGGGGACCUUGUCGGGCGAGUUGAGCUCAUGCCAGAAGAGAUCAAGCGCCAGCUGCAGGAGACCCGCGAGAGCGGCGAGGAACUUCCAGAAGACGCUCAGACUUACCUCGGCCAAUUGGAGGACCAAGCCGAAGAACAAGUCGACGAUGCUGAAGAAGAGGUGGACGGUGAUUUGCCAUCCCUGUCGAUUAUGGAAGGUCUUACUUGCCAGGUCGAUGGUCUCAUCUAUGAUGCUGAGGGCAACACCAUUGGGCGAGUGACUGACGGCGAUCCUCAAAAACUCCAGAACGCAGUUCUCAACGCAAAAGGCGAGUUCAUUGACCAGGAUGGCAACGUCGUUGGUCGCGCAGAGAUUCACGAGGAUACUGAAGAGCUUGUUGAACAGGGCGUUUACGAACCAGCGAAGCAAGCUGCUGCCGACGCUGACGACCGCAUCGACAGCGGCCAAGAAGAGGGUGUAGACGCCGCCAAGGAUGUCGCUGGCGAGGCAGAAGAUGCUGUUCCAACUGAGAUCGAGGAUCAGCUACCUGGAAUCGAGGCCCUCCAAGGCAAGGAGCUCAAUGAGGCUGGCGAGAUUGUCGACGAGGAAGGCAAUAUCCUCGGUAACAUCGCCGAUGACUCCGAAGAUCUCAAGAAGAAGAUUGAAGAAGGCAAAGUCGAUCCAGAGACUCUCAAGAUCGAUGAAGAGGGGAAUCUUGUCGACGAGGAGGGCAACGUUCUCGGCAAGACUGAGCUUGCUGAAGGUGCUGCUGAGAAGCUGCAACAGCUCAGCAAGCUGCAAGACCUUCGCAUUCUGAAUGGUAAGCGUCUCAACAAAAAGGGCAAGAUCAUUGACGACGAAGGCGAAGAGAUUGGCGAGCUCACUGAUGGCGAUCUCGCCGAAGCUGCUGGCGGCCGCGCCAAUGAUAAGGGAGAGAUCUUGAACAAGAAAGGCGAGGUUGUAGGUCAUGUCAGGGUCGUACCAGGUGACGCAGCUGAGCAGGCUACCAAAGAGCUUCUGGAAGAACUUGGCGAGAACGUUGAAGAAGACGCUGACGAAGAAGAGAAGGAAGAGGAAGAGAAGGUAGAGGAAGCAGAGCAGGGUGAAGAGGGUGAGGGUGAAGAGGGAGAGCCUGAGCAGGAAGAGCCUGAAGAGGAAGAGUCUGGAGAGGAAGAGCCGCAAUACGAAGAGCCCGAGUUGAACAUUCUCGAUGGACUGAAAGUCAACAAGAAGGGCCAAGUCCUGGACGAGGAAGGAGAGCCAAUCGGCGAGCUCACUGCUGGCGAACUAUCCAAGUGCGCGGGCAAGAAGAUCAACGCCACUGGCGAAGUCGUUGACAAGGAUGGCAAGGUCCUUGGACACGUUCGCACUUUACCACAAAAGGUUGAGCCAGUCGAAGAAGCCCCUGCUGUAUCGGUCUUGGAGGGUCUCAAGGUCAACAAGAAAGGACUUGUCCUCAACGAAGAUGGAGAGCAGAUCGGCGAGCUCACUUCUGGUGACUUGUCCAAGGUUGCCGGUAAGAAAAUUGAUGCAAAGGGCCAGGUCCUCGAUGAUAAAGGCGAAGUCAUUGGUACUGUUCGCACUCUUCCAACCGAUGAUCAAGAGGAAGAGCAGCCAGAAGAGCAGGCCGAGGAGGAAGAGGAAGAGGAAGAGGAUAAGGAUGCGACACAGCUCCCACCUCUUUCCGCCCUCGAGGGCUUGUCUGUCAACAAAGCCGGCAAGCUGAUUGAUGGAAAUGGUGCCAUCAUUGGCGAGCUUACGGAGGGUGACGCAAAGAAGUUGUCCAAGUCUGGUCUCACUGCCGAUGCCGAGGGCCAAUUCUGGGACAACAAGGGCCAUGUGAUUGGUCGUGCAAAGACUCUCCCCCAAGAAGAUCCAGAAGAGGAGGCACCUUUCGCUGGACUAGAAGGACUCCGCGUUGUUGAGGAAGGCUGGGUGCAAGACGCCGAGGGCCACACUGUCGGCUACGUGACGGAAGGGGAGGCUGCCAAGCUCAUCGGACGUGCUGUGGACGAAGAUGGUGAUAUCCUCGACAAGAAGGGCUCUGUUGUCGGACAUGCCGAGCGGUACGUGCCUGAAGAGGAAGAGGAGCAACCAGAAGAGAAGCCAGAUCUCUCUUUCCUCGAAGGCAAGACUGUGACUAAGCAAGGUCUGGUGAUUGGAGACGAAGGCAUCCCAGUCGCGCGUCUCGUCGAAGGUAGCGCCAAAGAGCUCGCUGGACGCUCUCUCGACAAGGAGGGUCAAUUCUGGAAUGACAAGGGCUCUGUCAUUGGUAAGGUCGAACUCAUUCCGGAAGCGGAACGCGAGGCCAAGCCCGAGGGACCUUUCGCUGGUUAUGACGACUUGCGAGUUGUCGAAGGUGGCAAGGUAGCUGAUGAGGACGGAAACGUCGUCGGAGAGAUUGUUGAAGGCAAUCCAAAGCGCCUUGUCGGCUUGUCUGUGGAUGAAGAUGGAGAUAUCCUCGACAAGUAUGGCAACGUCAAAGGCCACGCAGAGCCCAUUCCAGAUGAGGACCCCAUCGAUUAUUCCAUCCUGGACGGCCUGACUCUGAAUAAAGCUGGAUUUGUCGUCGAUGAAAGCGGCAUUCCCAUUGGCAAGAUUGUUGAAGGAUCUCCUUCUGACCUCGCUGGCAAGAAGUGCGAUGAGAACGGUUACAUUUACAACGAUACUGGCAAGGUUGUUGGGCGUUGCGAACCUCUUCCCGAAGCAGAGCGCCAGAAGAAGGCCGAAGGCGCCUUUGCAGGCCUUGAGGGCUUGCAUGUCGUAGAAGGCGGCUAUGUUCAGGAUGCCGAAGACAACAGAGUCGGACAGAUCGUGGAAGGCGACGCCAAGAAGCUCAUUGGCAUGAAGGUUGAUGAGGAUGGAGACAUAAUUGACAAGUUUGGUAAUGUCAAGGGUCAUGCCGAACGCGUCGAAGAAGAGGAGAAGGAGAUUGACUAUUCCAUCCUCGACGGCCUCACUCUGAACAAGCAAGGGCUAGUUGUCGACCAGAACGGAACACCUUUCGGACGACUAGUGGAAGGACAAGCUUCGGAACUCGCAGGACGACAAUGCGACGAGCAAGGCUACAUCUACAAUGAUCGUGGCAAGCCUGCAGGUCGAGCCGAGCCCAUCCCAGAAGAAGAACGAGUCGCACGUCCAGAGGGACCAUUUGCCGGUCUCGAGGGUCUUCAUGUCGUCAAGGAUGGCAACGUUGAGGACGAGAACGGCAACGUGGUAGGGCACAUCACAGAGGGUGACCCAAAGCGCCUGGUUGGACUCAAGGUCGACGAGGAUGGCGACAUCAUCGAUAAGUUCGGGAACACCAAGGGUCAUGCUGAACCUCUCGAAGAAGAGGAGGAGAAGCCAGUCGAUAACUCCGCGCUCGAGGGCAAGUACCUCAACAAGCAAGGAUACGUUGUGGACGACAAGGGCAUUCCUUUCGGCCGUCUCAUCGAGGGCAAUGUUUCAGAGCUUGCAGGUCGCAAGUGUGAUGAGAAUGGCUACAUCUAUGGCGAUACCGGCAAGGUGGUAGGCAAGUGCGAGGUCCUACCCGAGAACGAGAGAGUCGCUCGCCCAGAGGGUCCAUUUGCUGGUCUCGAGGGUCUUCGCGUCGUUAAGGACGGAUACGUCGAAGAUCAAGACGGCAACCGGGUGGGCCAAAUCGUCGAGGGAGAGGCGAAGAGACUGGUAGGACUCCACGUGGACGAAGAUGGCGAUAUUAUCGACAAGUACGGCAACGUCAAAGGUCAUGCCGAGCCUUGGCAGGAGGAGGACGAACAAGCUGCUGACCUCUCUCGUCUUGCGGGAACCACGAUCAACAAGGCUGGCUACGCUGUCGAUGGCAGCGGGCAAAUUGUGGGCCGCGUCGUCGAGGGUGACCCUAACAUCAUGAUCGGAAAGAAGGUCGACAAGGAGGGACAGAUCUGGGACGAUGCCGGCAAUGUCAUUGGCCAAGCCGAGAUCGUGACGGGUGUCAACUCUGAAGAAGGUCCAUUUGCAGGCUUCGAUAAUCUCGUCAUUAACAAGGACGGAACCGUCACCACCGAAGCGGGGGACAUUGUUGGUCGUGUGACCGAAGGCGACAUCAAGAAGCUCCUCGGGCACACGGUCGACGAGGACGGAGACAUUCUCGACAAGAAUGGAAAUAAGAUCGGCAAAGCUGAGCGAUGGGAGCCCGAAGAGAAGGAACGUCGCAUCAAUCCAAUGUCUGGGAAGCGUGUCAACAAGGAGGGUGAAGUUCGCGACGACAAUGGCGAUCUCUUGGGCAAGUUGACUCAAGGUGAUCUUGGACACUGCGUCGGACAGGAGAUUGACGACGCCGGCAACGUGGUCGAUGUCGAAGGCAACAAGAUCGGUGAAGUCACUCUCAUCGAGAACAUUGCCGAAGACGAGUACGAGGGCCCAACGCAAGAAGAGCUCGACGAGGCUGCCAAGCGCGAGGAAGAACGCGAGAUUGCUGGCAAGAUGGGCACCAUCUGCCAGCAGACCCUUGAGAAGAUGCAGCCCAUCUGCAAGCAGAUCAAGGAGCAUAUGGAAAAGGCCGACAGCACUCCCAAGGAGGAACUUGAUGAGGAAGAGCUUGUCAACCAAGUCAAGCCACUCAUCGAGGAAGGCGGUCGUAUCUUGCAAGAGUGCAAUGGCUCGCUUCGUGGGCUCGACCCCGAUGGCAAGAUUGCUGCUCAAGCCAAGGGCCGCGCUGGCACCGGAGAGGCCACCCCAGAAGAGUUCCGUCUGGCAGAGACGCUCAAGGAACUCACCACCACGGUCGUCACCACCAUUGACGAUGCGAAGAAGAAGCUCAACAACAUGCCUCAUGCUAAGAAGAAGCUUAACCCACUCUGGUCGCUCAUGACUCAACCUCUCUUCCAGAUCCUGGCUGCCGUCGGACUCCUCCUCGCUGGCGUUCUCGGUCUGGUCGGACAGUUGCUCAACGGUCUCGGUCUCGGCGGUUUGGUCAACGGCCUCCUCGGCGGUCUCGGAAUCAACAAGCUCCUCGCCUCCUUCGGUCUCAUCGAUGGCGACAAGGACAAGAAGAAGGGUUCCGGAAAGAGCAAGCUCUCUUCCAUUCCUGUGGUUGGAGGCCUUCUCGGUGGUGGUAAGUAAACCUCUGAUACAGCACACAUUUCCCUCGCAUCGCUUUUCCUCUCUCCCUCUCUCCCACCUGUAAUCCACAUCACGCUUUUUGAGGGAGAUGUUUGGGGAAAAGCGUGCGAUGUGUCAGGGCUUACUUAUCUCUACCUUAUCUACUGGAAUCACGCGCACUCCCCUUUGCCCACACCUUUUCUGUGUGAGCACUCUGACCACAAUGUUCUGUGCGUUCUAGACAAGAAAGAGGAUGAGAAGAAGAAGAGUGACGAAGAACAAGUGAUGGAGACGGCCGUGGCGAUGGAUAAUUGGCAGAAAAUUGGCGCGCCUGUGGUCGUUGCUGUGGAAUCUUCGUAGGAGAAAAAAUUUAAUGUAUAUGAUGAUGAUUUCUUUUUUGGGAGGGGGCCAAAGUCGGACUCAGCAAAGCAUUGGGCGUUUAUUGUUCACUGAAGUGUACUAUGAAUAUGGAGAGGUGGAAAUUUUGUUGUAUUGGCUUCGAAGUUCGGCACUUAUACUUGUCAUCAGCAUUCAUUGGCUUGACGAUUUGUUUUUUCUUUUGUGUAAAGAAGGCAGAAGUUGAUGUAUAGUACACAUGUAGCAAUGAGAUUUCUCUUAUGAUGAACCG